AAGAGGUUUGAGUCGAGUCAUCCAUUCCAAGCUGUUUCUCUGCUUUCAAUUCAAAGCCACUCUCUGGAGUUAGGGUUAGUGUUUUGACACACAGUGUAAAUGGUCGUAAGCAAAUGGAGGGAAGUGAAUGUGGUGGGAAGAAUGGCAGCUCGAGUGAGACCCGACCUCCGAAUCCUUUCGCUGGAGCUUACCGUCAGUGUUUCAGCAGUGCUCAUGUCGCGUCCCCUUGCAGGAAAACACUUGUUCGUCACCCGUCUCUCCAGGUGAAAAUGAAAACAUCGGAUGUCUCUAUUGGGCCUGCAUUGGGUGAGCAUUGUGAAACUCAGUUCAUUCCGGUUGUUCGUUCUGGGGGUUGGGCUGACAUUGGCUUUCGGCCGAGCAUGGAGGAUGCUUAUAUUUGUGUUGACAAUUUCACGCUAAAAUAUGGGCUCGAGAGUUUCUGUGAAGGUCCAAGUGCCUUCUAUGGGAUCUUUGACGGACAUGGAGGAAAGCAUGCCGCGGACUUUGCUUGCAACCAUUUGCCAAGGUUCAUCAUAGAGGAUGAAGACUUCCCAAGGGAGAUUGAGAGGGCUGUUGCUUCUGCAUUUCUUCAAACGGACACUGCACUUGAAGAUGCUUGUUCUGUGGACACUGCCCUUGCUUCUGGAACGACUGCAUUGGCAGCUCUUGUUGUUGGGAGGUCAUUGGUGGUUGCAAAUGCUGGAGACUGCAGGGCGGUAGUCUCCCGUCGGGGCAAAGCAAUAGAGAUGUCGAGGGAUCAUAAGCCAGUCUGCAUGAAAGAGAAGAUGAGGAUAGAAGCUUCAGGAGGGUAUGUCUAUGAUGGAUAUCUGAACGGGCAGCUUAAUGUUGCUCGUGCCCUGGGGGAUUGGCACAUGGAAGGAAUGAAGAGCCGGGAAGGUGGGCCCCUUAGUGCUGAGCCUGAGCUGAUGAACAUGAACCUGACAGAGGAGGAUGAAUUCCUGAUUAUGGGUUGUGAUGGGAUCUGGGAUGUCUUUAGGAGCCAGAAUGCGGUCGAUUUUGCCAGGAGGAAGCUCCAGGACCACAAUGACCCUGUCAUGUGUUGCAGAGAACUGAUUGAUGAGGCUUUGAAAAGGAAGAGCGGGGACAACCUAGCUGUUGUUGUGGUGUGCUUCCACUCAAAGCCUCCACCAAGCCUGGUUGUGCCACGUGCAAGAGUGCAGCGGAGCAUAUCUGCUGAGGGUCUACGGGAGUUGCAGGGUUUCUUGGAUAGUUUUGAGUAACUAAAGUGGUGAUGGGUUAGUUUUCUGAUCGUACGUUUUAGCUGUCGGGGUUGAUUUUGAGGUAAUCAUCCAAUUGUAUCAUAUGCGGCUCUUAACAGAUUCUUCUUGUUUCAUUUGAUUCUGGUUUUCAACUUUUAUUUUUGUCAAGAACUAACCUAGAUAUGAAAGCACUGUCAAGCCCUACCAACCCCAAAGAAUAGGUUCUUCUUGGGGAUGGAAUAUAUGAAACUGGAAAAUUUUUGCACUCUGUUUCCAA